UGCAAAAAACAAAACAUUACAGAAAAUAGAACAACAAAACGAGUGAAAAGGGAGAGAGAAUUUCACCACUCUGGAGCUGUAAUUAUGAUUCGAGUAAAAUUAUGCUUUCACAGGGGAUCCACAGUAACAAGAGACUGGGGUAUAGGUGGCCUGUGUUGCUAGGACUCCUUUAACGCCGCAAUCCAGAGUCGCUAUUGGACUUCCGCACGCAGGAAUGUACUUUCAUUUCAAUGGAAUGUAGCCUAUCCGUUUUGUGAUCGCGAAGUAGAAAAACACACUAUCCCGCGGACUGCGUCACCAGCGGAUUUUCUUAAUUCUUAUAAAAUAUGAGCGGGGGAUUUAGCACGUGCCGUUCGGUGCUGAUCACAGGUGCGAACAGGGGCCUCGGACUCCAAAUGGUAAAAGACCUGGCGAAAAGUAACGAGAGGCCGGACAGAGUUUUUGCGACGGCCCGUAAACCAGCGGAUGCUAAGUAUCUGGAAUCUGCAUAUCUCCAGCCCAAGAUCUCAAAUUGCGCUAGAAUCUCGCCGACUUCCGAGGAGUUGCAAGAUCUGGCCAGAAGUAAUUCGCGUGUACACAUUAUAACUCUCGACGUGAACAGCCAGACCAGUAUAGACACCGCCGUACAGGAAGUGACGUCACUGGUGGGAAACGAGGGGCUGAACUGCCUGAUAAAUAAUGCUGCCAUCGCCAUACCCGGUGAGCUCGAGACGGUGACUGCCGACAACAUGAUGAAGGUCUUCGAAAGCAACGCUGUGUCACCGCUCAUGGUCACCAAGGCGUUCCUGCCGUUGCUGAGGGCAGCAGCUACACGGGGAAGCGGGAUGGGCAUCCACAGGGCUGCUGUGGUGAACAUGUCCUCCAGCCUUGGCUCCAUCCAGCUGAACUGGGGCCCUGACGUCACCUUCAGGGCCUACGCGUACAGGACCUCCAAGGCGGCUCUGAACAUGCUGACGCGGUGUCUGGCCCGGCAGCUGGAGGCAGAGGGGGUCCUGUGUAUGGCUCUGCACCCAGGCUGGGUGCGCACAGACAUGGGAGGGCCCACGGCUACGCUGAGUGUGGAGGAGAGCACCUCUGGUGUGCUCUCAGUCAUCGCUGGAUUGUCAGAAAAAGACCACGGACAAUUCCAGAACUACAAGGGCGAAACCCUGCCUUGGUGAAGAUUUUGUAUCUGGACCGUUUAUAUCUGAGCAUCAGUGAAAAUUUGAACCAAAUUUACUGUCGUACUGCAAAUUUCUUUUUCCCCUUCAUUACAUUGCACCUGUUUUGCAACUUUAUUUUGGUAGAAUAACUUCUUAACAAAUUAAGGCUCCAGUGCACUUAACUAGUUUUAUUAUUCAUAAGACAUAAUUUUUCCAAAAACCACUGACUGGGAAUAAAGAAAAACAAAUAAAAACAAAAA